AUGAAACGGUUGGUGGUCAAGUGUUGGACAGAAUUCAGUGCUAACAGUUCGAUCAACGCUCUGCGCUAUCCUUUCAACCGCCGUUUGCCGAGAUUGGAACAGUGCUGGUGGAGAAGCUCGUUUCUGUUCUUCAUCGGUGCCUACUGUUUCGUAAUCGGGACCAUCUACUACAAAUGGUCUAUGAAUCCGGUGAUGAUAACGUACACCCAAUCCAUGUUCCCCCUUUGGGAGGUCCCAUUUCCCGCGGUUACCAUUUGUCCUACGACCAAAGUUCGAGUUGAAGACCUUAAUUUGACUGAUAUGUUGAUCCGCGUACAAAGGAAAGAAACUAUCGGGAGCGAUGAAUAUGAGAAACUUUACACUUUAGCUCACGUUUGCCCAUUUAUGAAACUCUGGUAUAAACCUAGGGAGGAAAUCAACAAAAGCAUAACAGAAAUGUUGAAAAAUGUAUCGCUGUCAAUCGAAGAUCUGUUCGAAAGAUGCUACUGGCGUCACACAGAGACUCCGUGUUGGAAGAUUCUGUCUCCCGUGAUUACAGAUUGUGGAAUAUGCUACACGUUCAACCAAUUACCCAAUGACCAUUUACUACGAAAGGAAAAUUUUAACUCCGAAAGUAUUCUCACUGAUCCUAUAAAAAGGGCCGUAAAUUGGAAUUUGGAAUCAGGAUAUGCCAAAAAGGCUGGAAUACACAGUUAUCCAUUUCGACCUUUUGCAAAAGGUUACCGAACAGGGCUGGCAAUUGUCUUGAAAACCAGAAAAAAUGACAAAGAAUUUUUAUGCGAUGGCCCCAACGACGGAUUUCAAGUAUCGCUACACCCUCCAGAUGAGUAUAAAACCACGUCGAAUCGAAUUUUUAGAUUACCGUUUCAGCAAGCACUGCUACUCACAGUAAGGCCACAGUUAACAACCAUUUCACGGGAACUUAAAAAGCAUGAUCAUUCGAGGCGACAGUGUUACUUCAACGAUGAACGUUACCUACGUUUCUUCAAAAUUUACAAUUCCCACAACUGUAACCUUGAGUGUUUUGCCAACCUUACGGAUAAGGAUUGCCAUUGUGACACCUUUUCAAGACCUAGAGGCCCAAAUACAACGCUUUGUAAAGGAUCUAGAAAGGAUUGUCCAGAUAUUGUACAACACCAAUUAGAAAAAUCGCACCAAUCUCUCUACGGAAAUGAGGAAUGGAUAGGCCCGUGCGCAUGUUUACCAGCUUGCGUCACUUUGCAGUACGACGUGGAAGUUUCCAGAACGGCAUUUGAAGCUCAAAAGCUGUCGGAAGCAUUGACGGAUACGAACUUGCUUUACAAAAACACGAACGAUUAUGCCUUGCUUGCGGUUGGAUUCAAAAGCAAAUGGAUACUUCCCCUGAAACGCAUAGAGUUGAUGAACUUUUGUGACCUAAUGUCUCAGAUCGGUGGUUUGUUUGGAUUGAUGAUGGGAGCAAGUGUUGUCAGUUUGCUGGAGAUAUUUUAUUUCAGUAUCAUUCGGCCUUUUUUUAACAUAUUGAAGCAUUCGAAUGACGUGCAGCCUGUUCGGCCAUGGGUUAAUUGA